CACGAUAAGAACCCCAAUUAUCAUGCUCUGGCUAUCAUUAAAGCAACAUCCAAUUAAGAUUCUGUGUAAACGGAAAAUUUUAUAUAUUACUUUACAUGGAAAACUUGGUGGCCAAGUUCCUUGCUCUGUAUAGAAGGAUUUAGGUGGGGAUCAUGUGAACAUCUCGAGUUACGGUUCUUCUUUCUUCUUAUUUGUUUUGUUUUAAUUUACUGUUUAAUUUUAGCAAAAAAAAAGAUUGGUCAUGGCUCUCCUUCUGAACCAGUACUCCCCGAAGCUCUUCAUUCGGAAACCGGUGUUGGUAAGAGCCUCUUCUGGCAGCUCAUCUUCCCCGGUGCAAACCCCUCCUUGUGUCGUCUUAGGCGCCGAUCCUUGUGGGGCGGAUCAUGUAUUACUCAGAUUUGCAUAUGCUACUAGAAAUUUUCCUAAAUUGAUAAAAAAGGCGCCUGUCGAGUUGGUGUAUAACGAUGCAGAAGUAACAACAGUCGGGUCCUCUCAUGGAUGGGUAGCCUCUUUGAUGCAUGACGUAGGAACUCUAAGUCUCCAUGAUGAUCUAAACCCGGUUGCAUCUGAUGCAAAUCCAAAACGUAUCUCCCUGCCUCCUCUUGUAACUGUGCCUUAUUGCCAAACCCAAAUUAUCACCAACGUGUCCUUGUCCUCACUAUCUCCAGAGGAAAAAGAUUGUGUCGUGGCUGUUAAGUUCAUGGGACCUCAACUCAGCUACUGCAGACCCUCUGCUCAAGGCAACUCCAAGUGGUUCAACAUCAGGAUCGCAAACCCUAGCUUCUUCUCCUCCCGUGUCAUCUUUUCCAAGAAACAUAACAUGUUUCGCAUACCUGCAUCUGGAGGCCAACUCAUUGCAUCAUGGAAUCUCUGCAAAGACGAGCACACACCCAAGAUUCAGGUGUUGCGAUAUCAUAACCUUCCGGAGCUGAGCGAAGCCGAACGUGAGGUUAUGGAUACCUGUUUCACGACCCAACACUUGGUGGAAUCACAAUCCACAGGUGAAACCAUUUUGGUCAAGUGUUUCAGACAGACCGUGGACGGUGGUGCCAGUUCGAAAAUAAAAGCUGUAAUGGUGUUCAAGGUAAGCCCCAUGGGAAAUGCUUUUUACACUCGCCACAUUGGAGAUCUCACCAUUUUCAUCUCAAAGUCUGAGCCAUUCUGUGUCCGUGCUAGCUCUUUUCCUGGGGUGAGUCCUAACGAAGUCUAUAUCUUGGAUAUCGACGAGAUCGUACUUGUCAGGCUUGAUGAUUCUGCCAUCUCAACUUUUGCUUACAGGGUCGUGGCCCCUUACUUUUUUCCACCUCAAAAUAUAGAAUAUUAAGUUUGGGAUUAAGUUUGAGUCUAGAGUCUGUCUUCUCUUUAAAAUCUUUCAUCAAUCAAAAUAAAGUAUGUUUUAGUUUA